UUUGCCGGUCGGCCGGUCGAGUUGGUUGUUGUGAAGGCAACAGUGGUUUGUUUUCAAGAAAAGAUUACCGAUGUUUGUACUGCUCGAGUUUAAGAGGAAUUGUUGUUGUUAUUGUCAGUUAAAUUCGUAUUUUAAUUACAAUUACAGGUUAUUCUUUCGUGCUAAAUAGUAGAAGUUAUACUCUAUUUGUGUGUUUUGCCUUUUCUGGUUAUGUUGCGCUUACACUCGAAGUGCUUGGUUGUGCCUGUGGGUUAAAUAGUGGAAUCAGAGUUACAGUGUCAAUCUCGGAUGAAGUGGAGCAGGAAAUCCAAGUCCCCGCAACCCAAUCUUCGCAUCUUAAUUCACAGUCCGCGGACAGACGAUGACAGACACGACCAGCUUACGCCAGACUCAGUAACCUCCAGCCCAAUGUCUCUUGGGAUACAUCUUAAUCCUAAAACCACUGACAUAAGUUCAUCCACUUGGCCAAAAAUGAAAAGAUCAGAGUCGAACCCGUGUGAUGUUGAUGUUGCAAGAAUUGUUCGUCCUCAAACGGCGACUCUUGAAAGGCCGCGUAUUUUAGACGUGGCGUUAUUACGUAAGAUUGACAUGUCCCUUACCAGAAAGGGCCUGCUUUCGAUAUCCAACCUGUGUAUAGCUCCUCUGGACAACGUUCAAGCAUCUAGGGACUCAAAGAGAAAUUCGACUUUUAACAAAGAAACCCGUCAUGGAGGGAAAACACGUAAGUGGAAUACACCAAGAAAGUCAAUUACUGAUAAAGACAGAAUAAAACAAGUAAAGAAUCAUUACAGAAGAAACGGAUAUAGAACAGACGAGAGCUGGGACGAGGAAGAGAACAGUGUGUCGGAGUCCUCGGUUAGUGUCAGGAGAGUGUCAAGGACCGUUCCAGUCAGCAGGAGCCCUUCAAGAGGAACGCAAAGGGCUGGAGAUAAAGGCAUUUCCCCAGUUAACAGUAUUAGCAGCAAUGCCAACAGUCCGAGACGAACUGUAGUUAAAACGCAAGAAAAAGCCAAACGUCUUUCUCCCGCGAGCUGCACCAACAGCAAUAGCAACAGCCCUUCAAGAGGGCCACUGGGUAAACCAAGACAAAGAGAGACGCGUCUUUCUCCUGUGAGUAGUGUAGGCAGUGCUGCUAAUAGCCCAUCUAGAGAAUCAAAUGUGAAAAAUGUGUCUCGAGAAAAACGUGUUCUUCCUGUUGGCAACAACAACGUAAGUGAAGACAACGCUGAGAAACCACGUCGCAGAACAUGCAAACGCCCUGUCGUUGUUAAGAAGGACGGUAAAAAUGUUGAUGAAGUUUUCGGAGGGCCUAAGCCUAGGGACGAAGUGCCUGAGCCCUGCAGGACAUGCGGUAGGCCGGAGCAGCCGGAAAGGUUCCACAGUCACCCGCCGCCCAGUAGCCAUCGGAAGACGUCGGCAGCCAGGAGACAGCAUGACAACAACAACAACAACAACAACAACAACAACGAGGACACGCGUCCAGCGGUUACGAAGAGCUCCGUGCGUAAACCCGUGCCUAUGAAGUAUAGAAGUGGCAAGUCGAAGAGAAGGGAGUCUAGCGUGGUGGGACCUGGAGGCGAGGCAUCCGCACCAAACAAAGUGCCAAGUCCGGACUCACUCAAAAGGAACUCCAGUGACACCAAGACGUCGGAGGUGCAAAAUGUGGAUCGCAAGUCGCCGAGGGCUGGCACAAGGGGCGUGUUUCUCGUGCUGGACGACAAGGGGAGCGACAAGCCCAUCGUGAGGUCAGGCCCCAGGACCGUCCUGUGUUAUCUCUGUGGUCGUGAGUUCGGGACGGCUUCGUACCCCCUCCACGAGCCCCAUUGCUUGCAGAGGUGGGAACGGGAGAACUCACAUUUGCCGACACACCUGCGGCGGGCUGCCCCUGAGAAGCCCAGCAACCCUCUCACCGUCGAACAGUGGAACGCUUUCGCCUGGGAAGCCUCGCAGGCGCACCUGGUGCCUUGUGACAACUGUGGGCGCACGUUCAACCCCGACAGACUGGAAGUCCAUCAGCGAAGCUGUCGCCCCCCGGCGGGCCAAGUCGCGAGGCGCAGUCACCAGGUGCAGGAGCAGGAGGACGAUGGCGGAAGCUGCGGCGUGGUGAAGGGCCCCCCGGCCGUGUACUGCUACAUCUGCGGCAAGAUGUUCGGCACGCGCUCCAUAGCGAUCCACGAGCCGCAGUGCCUCGAGAAGUGGCGGCUGGAGAACGCGAAGCUGCCGCCACACCAGCGGCGCUCCGAGCCCGUCAGGCCGCAGACACGUCUGACCACGGCACGCACCCAGGCAGUUCCGGGCCCUGAGCACCCUUCUGAAACACCGAAAGACCCAAAGCUGGCCGCAGCCCCCCACGUCAUGGACUGCUACCUGUGUGGCCGUGAGUUCGACACCCGCGUCCUCAACAGACACGAAGACGAGUGCAUCAAGCAUUGGAGGAAAUGGAACAACAGCCUGCCCAUAGAUCAGAGGCAGCCGGAGCCUCAGAGGCCGGAGUUCAAGUUCAAUAAAGCGACAGGCAAUAUGGACUACAACGAGACGAUGGAGGCCAUCUGGCAGGAGCACCUGAAGUCACUCGUGCCCUGCAGUUUGGGUUGCGGACGCACCUUCAACCCAGACCGCGUCGCUGUGCAUGAGCGCGGCUGCAAGGGCCCGAAGAAAUAGACGCUCUCCUUUCUUCAUAUGAACUGAUAAUAUAUUUUUAUUUCUAUGUAAUGUGAUUUGUUGAAGUUGGAUAAUAAAUAACGUUCAAUUAUG